UCUGUAAAAAAUCAAUAAAAUAUAUUUAAAAAAAAAAAAAAAGAAAUCUUUAGCUCAUCAAUAGCUUCAUUUGAAAUUUACGCCUCAACCUUGCUAAGAAACCCCAGACACCUGCAUGUUUAACGUACUCCUUUCUUCAGUGCCUUUCCAUCUCUCACCUUUAGUCUCUAGCCUCACGUCACUCAGUUUUGUAGUUAUUCACUUACUCUUCCCUACCACAUUGUUACUGUGCUCCUCUGCAUGGACCAAGCUCUGUUCUAGAGGACAGGGAUAUGCUGGUACAUAAAAGGUGAUCCCUUUUGGAUUACACUUAAUUGUGUGUGAUAAAUCCUAUCAUGGAGAGAGGUACAAAGUGCUUUGGUGGUACAGAAUUUUAUUUAUUUGGUACAGGAUUUUAUUUUUAUUUAUUUAUUUAUUUAUUUAUUUUAUUGCUUAAAGUAUUACAAAGAGUAUUACAUAUGUCUCCUUGGUACAGGAUAUUAAAGAGUCAGUUCUGCUUGGGCAUUGUAGAAGAGCUAGGAGAAGAUGGAGUAUAGAUAAUCUGCAAAUUAGGAUAGUUCGACUUUAUGGUGGUGCUAAAGUGAUAAUGCAUUCAGUAGAAAUGGUACUUCAAAUUUUGAAUUUUGAUCCUUUUCCCGGGCUAUGGCUAUACAAUACUAUACUCUCUUGUGAUGCUGAACAGUGGCAGUGAGAUGACUUUGCCCAGCUGGAACUAAUGUAUGUGUUCCAGCACGUUUUUGGUGGGCUAUUGUCCACUUAUAUUUUCAACAUAUAAUAAAUUUAUCAGGACAUAACCCCAUCCUAAGUCGAGGAGUAUCUGUAUUUGAACAGGACUCCUCGAUAGAAAAAGAGCAGAGGAGAUGGGGGUGUCAAGGAGGAAGGAAUAGAAUGACUUAGUUGUAGUCAUUCUUGGUCCAGAGACUUGGUAGUCAUCUUUAUUUCCUGCUUCAUUCCUCCUAACUGGUGUAACCAAAAGUACUGUGGCGUAGUCCUCCCAUCAGCUGGAAUAUUGUGCUGCAUUUUGAAUAGAUCCUUUGAGUUAGGUUUUCCAUUCAAAAGGAAUAAUGAGCCACCUCAGACGGAAGGUCAUUAGGGUAGGGAGCUUGCCUGGUUAUGUUUGGCUUCCCCCGACUUUGAGUAGACCUAAAUCUGCUGUGGAGGUCAUGCACAUUUCUUCAUCUUCCGCAGUUCUUCCCUUCUUAUCAAGACUCACUGUACAUAAAAAACUGCUUUGUUCGAGGGAUUCUAUCUUGGAGAGUGUUACUUUUUUCUCAACAUUGAUUUAGUUAUGGUUAAGGGGGAAAACUGAAGAGGCAGCUCUCGUAGAGAUUGUAUUUCCAAAGAGGUUCACAUUCGACAAAGAAAAUCACUAUAGAAAGAAGCCAUCUAGCUAAGAGUCUUUGUGUCCUUGAAUUUCAUCCUCAAGAACACUUAUCUUAGAAAAGACUUGACUGGUCAAAGGCAUCAUUAUAGGAGGAAGGUGGGAACAGGCAUUAGGUUAAAACAUUUCAAGUUAUAACUGGAAUAAAAGAAACAAUAGCUAUCAAAAGUUGGUCUUUUAAAAGGAUCACUCUAAAAUACUGGCCACCAUUAAGGAAAGAUCAGUUGAAAAUUUUCCAGUUUUUAACUUGAGAAAUGGUUGCUAUAAAUCUAACCACAGUGUGGAGAGAAAGCAUAUAUGUGGUGCUCUUACCAUUUCUUGUGCCACAGCUUAUUGUGACGGUGCCAUUAGAACAGGCUCUCUGGUCCCUGCUCAGGUGCCAGGAGGUCACACUAGAAGAGGUUUGCAGGAACUCUGCUAAUUGCCACGCUGUUCCCACCCCUCACCAGCUUUGCUUAUUUUUCCUCUCUUCUUGGACUACAUUUCAGUGGCAGGAAGAAUGAAUAUAAAAUACUCAUUUUGCCAAGAUUUGGUAUUCUAAAACAAAAAAUUUUUUCUGACCGAGAGGGAGCUAGCUGCAUGUACCAAGAGCACCUUGCUCUCUCCGGAGACGAGCUUUACAUGGUCAUAAUUCUGUUACUAACUGGGGAGAAAGUACCAUUUUUAUUUGGACUUUGGUCGUUUAUUGGGUUUAUUAGGAUUUAUAUUUCAUCAGAUGUAAAGUUUUUUGGCCUGAGAAACUUAAAAGGAAGUUCAUGAGAAUAACCAGAGGAACACAGUGGAAGGUAGGACAGGCUGCUGCCCUGUGUCCUAGCGGAUAGAGUGGACCCUUGAACAACGCAGGUGUGAACUAGGGGGUCAGCUGAGGAAAACCCACAGAGUGGGCACAGUUCAACCGUCGUGCGAGGGUCAGCCACAUUUAUUUACUGCUUUAAUCAGUGAUCUCUGUGCAUGGGUUAAACUUUGCCACUUUAAGGACAUUUAAGGUAUGUUUUCAUUCUAGUAGAGGCGAUACCUUUGUACCUGAGAAAUUGUUAAUCAGGACCCUCCAUCACAAACUGUCCUGUGGCAUGAAAAGGAAGUGAGAGCCUCUCCCUGUGAGUUUUGGUUUUGGACCAGCUCAUGGUGGUCCCCUUGCCCUGGUUCCCUGUGACUUCCCCACGGCUGGGGAUCACGGUCGUGACUGGCAUGAAGACGAUGGAAACCUUUCCAGAAGGUUCUCAAACUGAUGUGACCUGGAAAAGGAUCCCCACUUGUGCGUUUGCAAGGAAAUGGUGCGGGGGACUGAGACAUUGCACAGGCCCUUCCUCUUCCGGCACUUCACAGUCCAGAAAAUUCAACCUUGUUUUCAUCUGUACUUCAGGAAAGCAUUUUUACUUGGCAUGCAUACUGAAAAUACAAAAUCUGAGUUGGCCAAUUAGACACAUUAAAUAUUGAAGAGAACUGGCGUUUGUAAAACUUGAAUUCAAGGAGUAUUUUAUAGAAAUCAUUGUGAGGUCUUACAAGCUAGGGCCUGCCUUGUGUAGCCGCAGUAGCCAGCUUGAGGAGGCGUCAACUAUCCACAGCCUCCGCAGACACAGGACCACGCCAAGGGGUGUCUAACGGCCACGGCCUCACGCAGGCGCAGUAGCAUGCCCAGGGGGUGUCUAACGGCCACGGCCUCCGCAGGCGCAGUAGCACGCCCAGGGGGUGUCUAACGGCCACGGCCUCCGCAGGCGCAGUAGCACGCCCAGGGGGUGUCUAACGGCCACGGCCUCCGCAGGCGCAGUAGCACGCCCAGGGGGUGUCUAACGGCCACGGCCUCCGCAGGCGCAGUAGCACGCCCAGGGGGUGUCUAACGGCCACGGCCUCCGCAGGCGCAGUACCGUCUCAAGGGGGUGUCUAACGGCCACGGCCUCCGCAGGCGCAGUACCAUCUCAAGGGGGUGUCUAACGGCCACGGCCUCACGCAGGCGCAGUACCAUCUCAAGGGAGUGUCUAACGGCCACGGCCUCGCGCAGGCGCAGUACCGUCUCAAGGGGGUGUCUAACGGCCACGGCCUCACGCAGGCGCAGUACCGUCUCAAGGGGGUGUCUAACGGCCACAGCCUCGCGCACGCGCAGUAGCACGCCCAGGGGGUGUCUAACGGCCACAGCUUCCCCAGGCGCAGCAGCAGGCCGAGGGGGUGGCCAGGAUCACAAGCGCCCUUCCUUCAGGCCUCAAACCUUGCCUGCCGCAUUCCUCCAUCCUCUCCCCUCACCUUGUGAGUGAAUGGCCAUGGGCUGGGCUGUGGGCGUCUGCUGGGCCAGCCGGAGAGUGGGCGCUGCGAGAGCGCGUUUCCUGAGUGUGGGGAUGGCGCCCGGUCCCCGCCAGCCUGCUGGCGUCCCACUCGGGGGUCCUUGCUCUGUUACCCCCGUGUCUAGGAUGGCGACUGUCCAGGGUGAGCUUAUAAAGAAUUUAACUUCAAAGGAGAGCGUACCUCAUAAUAAGAUCUCCAUCGUAGGAUCCGGGUCGGUUGGCAUGGCCUGCGCCAUCAGCAUCCUGAUGCGAGGCCUGAGUGACGAGCUCGCCCUGGUGGAUGUGAACGAAGGCAGGCUGAAGGGCGAGACGAUGGACCUUCAACACGGCAGUCUUUUCGUGAAAAUGCCCAAAAUCGUUUCCAGCAAAGAUUACCAAGUCACGGCCAACUCCAGCCUGGUGAUCAUCACGGCGGGUGUGCGCCAGAAAAAGGGAGAGACGCGCCUUGACCUCGUCCAGCGCAACCUGGCCAUCUUCAAGCUGAUGAUUUCUGACAUCAUGACGCACAGUCCGAACUGCAAGGUGAUCAUCGUUUCCAACCCGGUGGAUAUCUUAACUUACGUCACCUGGAAGCUGAGCGGAAUUCCCCAGACCCGCGUGAUCGGAAGCGGCUGCAAUUUGGACACCGCCCGUUUCCGGUAUCUGAUCGGCCAGAAGCUCGGCAUCCACGCCGGAAGCUGCCAGGGGUGGGUGCUGGGUGAGCACGGGGACUCGUGCGUCCCGGUGUGGAGUAGCGUCAACGUCGCGGGCGUCCCGCUGGGGGACCUGAACGCGCAGCUAGGGACCGACCAGGACCCCGAGCGCUGGAAAGAUGUCCACAAGGAGGUGGUCUCCAGCCCCUAUGAGAUCAUCAAAAUGAAAGGCUACACCUCCUGGGCCAUCGGCCUUUCCGUGGCUGACCUGGCGGAAAGUCUUCUGCGGGACCUUCGGAGAGUGCAUCCGGUGUCCACCAUAGUGAAGGGUCUCUACGGCAUCCGCGAGGAGGUGGCCCUCAGUGUCCCCUGUGUCCUGGGCGCGGACGGGAUCGCAGGCCUGGUCCAGGUGAAGCUGACCCCCGAGGAGGAGGCCCGCCUGAAGAAGAGCGCGGAGACGCUGUGGGGGAUCCUGCGGGCCCUCGAGGUGUGAGCCUCCAGGGAAACACCUGCUGAGGGUGCCCAGGAAGAGACCGUCCCUACGGCCGUCACUUAGAGGCCCACACAUAGAGCGAAUGACUGCCCUGUUUAUUUAGCCCCCAGCUCUGUUGUUUAACUUCCGGUUUUGAGUUUUUUAACAGUCCCUAAGUGAAUGCAUCAAAGGUUUUUGUUUGUUUUUUCUGCCACUAAUACACCAAUACUUACCUUGAAUUUAUAUGUAGUUGCCAUUUGGUCCAAAAGAAUGUGGGGUGUAGGUGUUUAUUGUGUUGUAGAAAUUUAUUCUUUUCAUUAAGCACAUGUUAAUUCUUUCAUUCUCACUAGCUUAUGUACUAUUUUCACAUACUAUUUUUAAAGUUAUAGCUUUCUCUGCAGUGAAAAAUAAAUGUACAGAAGUACUUUUUGUAAUGGA